AUGAGUGUAAGCGCAGAGUGGGUCCAACUCGGAAAGGGUAAGAAGGGAGUACCAGUGUACUACCGAAAGAAAGAAAUAUACACUAUGGAAUGGGGAGAUGAUAAUAUUAAUCUCUCCGAAUGUCUGAUCGCUGCUGCAAAUUUUGGUGGACCUAUUGCUCUCACAAGGGAUCCUAAAAAGUUAUUAAGAUUUAGAGGAACUGAUUCAAAACAAUAUGUACAUGUAUUUUCAAGUUCAGGAAAAAGAAUUUCAAAAUUUGAGUGGAAUACACAAUUAAACAAAUCACUCCUUUAUAUGGGAUGGACACAAGAGGAAUCCUUGAUUUGUGUAACAGAUGAGGCUCACGUAUUCAUUUUCGAUAUUUUUGGAAAACAAUUACAACAAUUCCCAUUCCCAGAGGAAGUUAAAAGUGCUGGAAUUUUAAAAGUUAAACAUUGGGAAACUGGUAUUGCUAUUCUUACAAGAGAUUUUAAUGUUUGGGUAAUUUCGGAUUUGGAAUUUAUUGAUUGUCAACAAUUAGCUUCUCUAGAUGUUCCACUUGAAUUCAAUGAUGAAAAGGAAAUUGGAAUGUGUAUCUUACAACCAAAUAUUGCAACAAGUGGAGAUUUGGAAGUAAUUAUCAGUGUACCUCAAGCAAGAACUGUUUAUGUUGUAACUUCUGAGGAAUGUAAUAAUUUAGGACUCGAUAAUGGUCCAUUUCCUAAAAUUUGUGCCUCUCCUUCCGGAGAAGCUUUAGCCACCUUUAAUGAAUCUGGAUCAUUGUGGGUUGUUAAAUCCGAUUUUACUGAAAACCAUGCAGAAUUUGAUACAAGAUCAUCAAGUACACCAUCACAAGUAGCUUGGUGCGGUGAGGAUAGUGUUUGUUUAUAUUGGGAACCUGAACAAGUUAAUAAUAGAGAAGGAAAUGUAUCUUUACUUUUAAUGAUUGGACCAAAUGGUGACUAUAGCACAUUCACCUAUGAUAGUCCAAUUCACCUUGUGACAGAAAUUGAUGGUGUCAGAGUUAUUACCAAUGAUUCCUGUGAAUUUUUGCAAAGAGUACCAGAAGCAAACUUUGAUAUUUUCAAAAUUGGUUCUCUUACUCCAUCAGCCAUGCUCUAUGAUGCCUACAUUGAAUUUGAAAAGAAGAAUGCCUCAUCAAUCAAUAAUAUUAGAUCUAUUAAGAAUUCGCUAAGAGGAGCCGUUAAUGCUUGUCUUGAGGCUGCUGCAAAUGAAUUUGAUACAUCCCUUCAAAAAUCCCUUUUACGUGCUGCUUCAUAUGGUAAAUCCUUUUGUGAUGAAUUUGAACAUUCCGAGUUUGUUAAUACUUGUAAAAUUCUUAGAGUUAUGAAUGCUGUCAGAGAUUCGAAUAUUGGUAUUCCAAUCACUUUGGAUCAAUACAAGAGAUUAACACCAAAAGUUUUAAUAGAUAGACUUGUGAAUAGAAUGCAACAUUUGGUAGCCUAUAGAAUUUGUACCUACCUCAAGAUCAAACCAAACAAUGUACUUGUUCACUGGGCUUGUUCCAAAGUACUGUCUAAUGAAGAUGAUCAUGUAAUAUUGGAUUCCAUUGAUAAGAAGCUUUCUGAAUGUGAAGGUGUUCCAUUUUCUACUGUAGCUUCAACUGCCUACAGUGUAGGUAAGAAGAACUUAGCUAUUCAACUCUUGGAAAGAGAAGAAAGAGCUAGCGAACAAGUUCCACUCCUUUUAAAUAUGAAUGAAACUAAGAAUGCUCUCAGAAAAGCCAUUAUCAGUGGUGAAACUGAUCUUGUCUAUUUGGUACUUCUUCACAUGAAGAAAAACAUGGAAGUAUCAAGCUUCUUCUCUGUAAUUAAUGAAAAGGGAUUCAGAGUUGCUAGAAAUCUUCUAGUAACAUAUUGUAAGGAGAGAGAUAUUGAUUUCCUUAAAAUUUUCUUCCAUGCUUUGGAUAAACAAGAGGAAGCAGCUGCUAUGAAUGUAUUUGAAUCAUUCUCAUUUGAAGGGGAACCAGCAGCUCACAAGAAGCUCCUACUCCAAGCUAAAGAACUCUAUAAUAAGAAGAAGGAUUACCAAUUGGACAGUAAACUUUGUGAAGAACAAGUUAAAUUGCUCCAAAUGCAAAGAGAGUUUGAUAACGCAUUGGGAAGACAAUUAUUUACAGGACUUUCUGUUAGUGAAACUAUCUAUCAAUGUCUCCUUAAUGGUAACAAACAAGCAAAGAAAGUCAAGAAGGAAUUCCAAGUUUCUGAUAAAAAGUUUUGGUGGUUAAAGAUUGCUGCCUUCUCCAAGUUGGGCAAGUGGAAUAAGAUGGAAAAAUUCUCCAAGAAAAAGUCACCAAUAGGAUACAGACCUUUUGUUGAGGCAUGCUUACAACAAAAGAAUACAGUAGAAGCCCACAAGUACAUUCCAAAAGUAACAGAUCCAUGGGAAAAGAUUGAACUUUAUGUAGAAUUAUUGUCUUUCAAGGAAGCCAUCGAAACUGCUUUCGCACACAAGAAUACUGACAUGCUUAGAUGGAUUAGAACCAAGACAAACCACUCUCAAACCAAGUUAACAAUUGAUGAUUUACUUUCUAAACUCUAA